AUGGGCAAGAAAAAGCGACGCGAUGACGGUGGUGUGGACAGUGAAGCUCCACAGCGACGUAUCUUCUGUUAUUACUGUGAUCGUAAUUUUGACGAUGAAAAGGUGCUGAUUCUGCAUCAAAAGGCUCGACACUUCAAGUGCCCUACAUGUUAUAAAAAGCUCAGUACUAUUAGUGGAAUGAUUAUCCACAUGCAGCAGGUGCAUAAAGAAAGUCUAACGAGUAUUCCAAAUGCCAAAGCUGGAAGAGAAAGUGCUGAAGUAGAAGUCUAUGGUAUGGAAGGUAUACCAGAUGCUGACGGAGGAACUACAAAAAAGCCAAGGAUGGAUGGUGGAUCUGGUCCAACUAUAGGAGGUUACCCUGGUCGAGGCAUGCCGCCACCACUGUUUAUUAGCGGUAGAGGGCCGAUGCAGUUUCCAAGCGGAAUGGCAUCUCCUGGUGUCAUUCUGCCAAUGCGGCCUCCUCCACCAAGAGUAUAUGCUCCCGGUGGAGUUGUUCCACCUCCUCACCUGCAAGGAUACAUGCCGUAUCAUGGUGGAAUGCCGCCGCAAUGGGCAAGGGGCCAACCGCCACCAGGUACAAUGGCCCCUCCUUCUUCUCAAGCUGCUCUUGGUUAUCCAAACCAAGGCUCGGCAUUGUCUGGAGUAGGAAGUGUGACAACCCCUCAGGGUGCGACAGUCAGCAAUAGGAACCUAUUCGAUGGAGUAGCGCAGAAGGCGGUCAAAAACGAUCUUGGCCUGGUGUAUGCGGACGAAAACGAAUCGAUGGAGGAAAAGCGUGCACUUCGACCAAAGUAUGCGUACAAAUUACUGAGUGAAACCGGAUCGGCGUGA